AAAAGAGAUUUUGAAACUUCUUGAGAGAUGGGAUUCUUCAUAUUUGUUACUUUGAGUAUUUUGUGGUGGAUAGCAUCUUUGACUAUACUGCUGCCAUUUGUACUUCUCUUAAAAUAUUGGAAGGCAUUUCAAAAUAGAUGGUUUUCAUUCAUCUUUGUUAAUAUCCUGGCUCCUUUUUUCGAACCUCUGAUGACACGAUACCGAAAGGAAUGCUUCGAACAUUUAAAAAAAAAUAUAUCUGAUCGAGAUAAAUCAAAGCCUCUGAAGAUAUUGGAAAUUGGGAUUGGUUCUGGGGCAAACCUGCCCUAUUAUCCUGAAAACUCAUCUUUAACUGCUGUAGAUAUGAAUGCUUCAUUUAAAGAGUAUUUCUACAAAAACCAAAAGAAAUAUCCUCAAGUAAAAUUUGAAAGAUUAAUCACAUGUAUGGCUGAAAACAUGCAUGAAGUAGAAGAUUCUAGCAUUGAUAUUGUGAUUUCUACAUAUGUCCUUUGUUCUGUAGAGGAUGUCCAGUCUGUUUUGAGUGAAAUAAGACGUGUCUUAAAACCUGUGAGUGUAUUUUAA